GGACUUCCGUUGCUGAUUGUCCUCAACACAUGUUGAAGUUGGUUGGUUAUUAGUCUUCGACAGCUGUCUGGUUUCACUAGUUUGAAUUACUGUUCAUCUCACACAGAAAGUAGUCAUGCCAAAGAAUAAGGGAAAGGGAGGUAAAAACAGGAGGAGGGGUAAGAACGAAAAUGAAAAUGAAAAGAGAGAGUUGGUGUUCAAGGAAGAUGGACAAGAGUAUGCCCAGGUUACGAAAAUGUUGGGGAAUGGAAGACUGGAAGCCUUGUGCUUUGAUGGUGUUAAGAGGUUGUGUCACAUCAGAGGCAAACUCAGAAAGAAGGUAUGGAUAAAUGGUGGUGACAUCAUUCUGCUCGGGUUGAGAGAUUACCAGGAUAACAAGGCUGAUGUCAUAUUAAAGUACACCCCAGAUGAGGCCAGGAAUUUAAAGGCAUAUGGAGAACUGCCACCCACAGCUAAAAUCAAUGAAAACACAUGGGAAGAAGAUGUUGAUGACAACAUCACUUUCGAUGACGUUGAAGAAGGCGUUGAUGAAAUAGAUGAUAUUUAGAAAUACGUCACUGCAGCUUUCCGAAGUUGAGUGAGUGUUGAGAAGUAUAGUUGAUGUGGUUAGAAUACUGAGGAGUCAUGACAAUGGUAGCUUGGAGUCUGUAAUGAUCGCUGUGGUUGCCACAAGGGACAUCACAGAGUCGUUUCUCUUGCUGUUGUCAUGGCAACUGUACAACUCAGAUUCAAACACUGAAACAGUCUUCAUGAAGCCUUCUGACAUCUUUGAAGAGGGACUUUACAACUACAAUCCAUUCCUGACGGAUUUGAACCAUAUUCUGUCUGGAUUACUGAAUCAUUUAGGUUUAUAAAAUGCUAUUUUUAAUGUCCAUAUGGAACAUCUUAAUCUUUUGAAAAACAAUGUUUGUGUACUUAUGUAUAUUCUGAAUUUUUUAUUUUGAAAUUCUUUCAUUCAUAUUUGUAAGUUUUUGUGUUUCUUUUGAUUAUGUUAAGAAAAUUUGUUUUCUUUCUUUUGAAGUUUGUGUGUGGUUUUGUAAGUUAAGUCAUUAUCAAUUCUGAAUAUGAAAAAUAUGACGAAGUACUCUUUCUAUCACUUUCCAGUGUAUUUUAAUUUCAUGAAUGCUUUGUGUGUUUAAACAUACUGUAGAGACAUUUUUUAAAGUCUUUUACAGAUUCACUGAUUUUUGCCAUUUUGAAGUAACAGUGAAAAGUGAUGCAUUUCACAAUUACAGGAAACACACAAGUGGUACCAAAAUAGCCAUGAUUGAAAGAAAAGUGAGAAAAAAAUGAUGAAAUUUAAAAAAAAAUGACAUCUUAUUUAUUACCUGAAAAGUGCUUGUUAGAAUCAGAUAAUAUUCAGUACCACCAGAUUCUAUCAGUGAAAUUGUAUAACCAUGAUGGCCCCAUUAUGAUAAUGAUGGCAUGUCCCAGGUUUAUAGAAAAUGUGUGCCCAGGAUGUUCCAUUGUCAUCUGCGGGUGCAAGUGUGUAUGAUACAACUAUUAAUUCCUGUAUUGACUAGAAAACACUGUGCAGGUUACUGAUGUCUAUGACCUGUUUGUAUAUAAGGGUUUGGUGUUACUUGUAGCAUGUUUUUAUGAUUGUCAUGUGGGCAAUAUGAGUGGAACAUGAAAGGUAGUUGGUAGCUUUAAUUCCAGCUACAAUAUUUCAGAUCAAGGGGAGGUUUACAGUUUGCUUGGUUCAGAAUUGUGUUGCAAUCCAUAAAAAAAGAUUAUAUUGGGUUAUGAAAAUAUGAAAUGAACUUUUCCGUAAAUGACACAUGCUUUUGGCUCAGGAAGUCGUUGCCAAGUUCACUCAAGCUCUUGUAAGUAUUUUUAUGGGGCAGAUAUGUCAUAUUUGACUCUUUAGGCAAUUAAAUAAUGUAAAUUCUAA